AUGGUAAAUAUUAACACUGUUCACAGAGGUGAAGAGCAAAGCUCAAAGCUGAGUAGAAGAAGGUUUUCAGUCUCGAAGAAUGGUACUGUACUGUUGGAGUCUACGGAGAUUGUGGAGACAUAUUCUAAGAAAUUAUAUAGUUUCCAUGAGCUGCCAGAAUGGCAAAAGGAUAAUGAACUGAUAAUACAAGGAUAUGUUCGUGAGACAAACUCAUGGUUCAAAUGUUUCCAUUCGUUGAGUUAUUUCCACAAUGAGUCCAUUAAUAUCUACACACAUUUGAUUCCAGGGUUGGUUUAUUUUAUUAUGUUGCUAUUUUACACGGAUUUAUUGGUGGUUCCUUCGUUCCCAUCAACAACAAUAAUGGAUUACAUAGUGAUCGAUUUCUAUUUAUUAGGUGCGUUUAUCUGUUUAGUAGGAAGCAGCUGUUUCCAUUGUUUGAAACAACAUUCGGAGGAUCAAUCAAAUUUCUGGAGUAAAAUCGAUUAUGUCGGUAUCAUUUGUUUGAUAUCGUGUUCUUUAAUUUCUUUACUUUACUACGGUUACUUCGACCAUUUCAUAUACUUCAAAGUAUUUACAUUGAUUACUUUAAUAUUGGCCACUAUAUGCACAGUAUGUGUCCUGGACGAAAGAUUCAAUGCAAAGAACUUCAGGCCAAUAAGAGCUGGUUUCUUUGUUGUUUUUGCAACAAGUGCAGUCAUCCCAAUCUGCACCGGUUUGAUAAAGUUCGAUUACGUUGAAGUCAUAAACAGAAUUCAAUUAAGAUUUGUUGGGUGGGAAACCUUCUUUUAUGUGGUAGGUGCCCUAUUAUACGGUUACAGAAUACCCGAAAUCUUCGCACCAGGUAGAUUUGAUUUAGUGGGCUCAUCUCAUCAGAUCUUCCACGUGAUGGUAGUAAUAGGUUCCUUAUUCCAUCUCAAGGCUGUCAUUGGAUCCUAUGAGUUCAUGCAUAAAAGCUUAAACGUCAUCGAGACUGCUAUUCAAUAA